AAGACGUUCACGUAUGCACACUUUCCCCCAGUCACAUGCUGCAGUAGACGCGCUUGACGCUUCACUCGAUCCGCUGUAACGCUGUGCUGGCAAUUACUUCAACAAUCAGUGAGAAAGCCUUCAGCUGUUUAGUUCAACAUGUCUAACCCAGCGGCUGUCCCGCCUGGUUUGGAGUACCUUACACAGAUUGACCAGAUAUUGGUCCAUCAAAAGAUUGAGCUCCUUGAAGCCAUUAUUGGCUUUGAGACUAAUAACCAAUAUGAGAUUAAGAACAGCAUGGGUCAAAAGAUCUUCCAUGCUAAAGAAAACACUGACUGCUGCACACGGAAUAUAUGUGGUCCUCUGAGGAGUUUUGAGAUGCAGAUAAAAGAUAAUUUUGAUCAGGAAGUAAUUCACUUAAGCAGGCCUUACCGCUGCACGUCCUGCUGUUUCCCCUGCUGCCUUCAAGAGAUGGAGGUACAGGCUCCACCAGGGAAUACAAUAGGUUACAUCAAGCAAAACUGGCACAUGUUUAAGCCCAAGUUCUCCAUCUAUGACAUGUCCCAAACAAAGGUGCUGUCCAUCGAAGGGCCUUUUUGUGCCAUCAGCUGCUGCGGGGAUGUGGAUUUUGACAUUACCGGUAAGGAUGGGCAGUCUGUAGGUCGCAUCAGUAAACAGUGGACCGGCUUCAUCAAAGAGGCACUGACUGAUGCAGAUAAUUUUGGCAUUAACUUUCCAAUGGACUUGGAUGUGAGGAUGAAAGCAGUUCUGCUUGGAGCAUGUUUCCUUAUAGACUUCAUGUUCUUUGAGCAGACCGGUGACUCAGGACAGCGUUGCAGUGUGUUUGGCUAGUGGUUCUUGCUUAAAUUUUAAUUUUUUUUUUUUUUUGGAAUAUUCAUAAAUAACUACAUUUACCACUUGUAUGUAGCCUACUUUCUGUUUUGCCACUAUAAAAGCAUUUGACAACAUAGCUGUAACCCAGUCUAAACAACAUUUUCAUGUUUUCUCUCAUGAUUUUCUCUUUCGUAAGAAUAUUAAAGAACUAAUUUCCCUUCUAAAACAUAA